UAACGUUUCAUGUAGAUAAAUGAUAUAAGCUUUAUGGUGGAGACUGAUGUGAUCAAAUGAAUAAUUGUUUAACAGGAAGUGUGUUUGUUCUUCUAAAGAGAAUAUGGCAUCUUUACCACCGAAAAGCGGAGCCAAAAAGGUCAAAAUGGUUGAGUCUACCGGAGAAUUGGAUGAUGAUUCAGGUUACCACGACAAUCAUGAGUUUUCAGGAAUUUCACCUGAAAACGAAGAAAGAAUUCGGAAGAAUUUUUUAUAUCUUCGCGAAGAGCUUGCAGUUGAGGACUUGAAAACCAUUGUGGAUUUCUUUAUCGAAAGAGAUCACGUUGAAUCAGAUUUCUUCGAGGAGAUCAGCAGUAAAGCAAGGCGUCACCAGGUUGAUGCAGUAGUUUUGAAGAUGUUUCGCCUCCCCAUUGAUACAUUUGAUGACUUUGUAAGAGCCAUUGAAAGCGAUUCACAGAAGCACUACCUUUCACAGACUCUGAAGUUUGGAGGUCAAGGUCAUGUAUUGCAAUAUUCUAACCUUUCCAAGGAAACCAAACUUCAACGCAUUCUUGAACAUCACCAAUUGAUGGUAACACAUGUAGAUCCGGAUCAAGUGGCACCAUAUUUGUUCGCAUUCGGUGGAUGUUCCCAUGAUCAAUACGAAGCCAUAACGUCAACUUCAAAGACAGCACGCGAGAAGUGUGAAGAGCUUUUUAAUGUCAUUUCUCGAUGUCCAGAAUCGAACUAUGAUAUCUAUGUUACCGCUCUGAAAGAAAGAAAAUACUUGAUUUUAUUGUAUGACCUGCAAACCGGGCGAACAUCUAGGGUAGGGACAGAGGAAGCAUCUUGUUCACCUGGUCAGGAAACGCAGAGAAAAAUAGUUCAAAGCAAAAAUGUGACAGACGAAAGCGCGAUUCAGGCCCAAAUUCAAGAUUCAUCAAGAAUUGAAAUUACCUUAAAACUUGGAAUGAGAAAUAAGAACACAGACGGAAAAUUAGCUCGAGCAAUCGAAGAAUUUCUUGGAAACCUUAACGAAGAACUUGUUGAUGCAGAACUGCUUGUCGUUAAGGUGAAGACAGGAUCGAUUAUACUGACGAUCGAUUUCAUUGGUGGUGCAAAGUACAACGUUUUGGUAAGAUCAAAAGGUAUAUCCGGAAUUGUGCAAUCACUUUUAGAAGCCUUGCUAAAAAUUGAGAAGUUUUCAGUCCUGCUUCCGUCAUCGCAAAUUUUGUGCGGGGUGUAUGUACGUCCGGUGACUGCAGAUGAGGAAUCAAAAGCCAAUGCAGGUAUGUACACAGACUGCAGAGAUUUGCUGGAGAAGAAUAGAGAAUUUCUGAAGGAAGAGCUAGAUGCCUUAGCUUUUACACAAGCUCUGCUGAUCAAGGAAGUCCUUACACAGACUGAAGUUGAAAUGAUCGUAUUGUCAGAGACGUCUAGAAGUAGAAGAAUGGAGAGGUUGCUGGAUCUUUUGUUGCGAAAGGACCUGAGAGCGCUAAAUGUGUUUUUCGAUGAAAUUAGGAAAACGCAAAGCGACUUCGUGACCAACCACUUAUGGCCAGAUAUUGUCACCAUUCGGAUAGCAAACGACGUAAGGCGUUUUUACCACGAGUUGGCGAGCGAAAUAUGUCUGCCUAUUUUAAUACCUUACAUGGCGUCAAGCCUUUUGAAAGACCAUUUAAAGGAUCUUGUUGAAAGAUAUUCUGAUAAUGCAAAACUUGCUAAGCUAGCAGUGCAGUUUGUGAUUGGACGGAAUGAGGCGGACAUUGUGAGAUUUGUGCACACAUUGAGAGAAAACUGCAUGAUGCCUUCAUUUUUAGAAGAGAUAGCACUUCAAGAAGAUGACGACGAAGGUGUUGAUACUGAUGCUCAGCUACAGCAAAUGCGUGUCGCAUCCUACCUCGGGAAGUUCCUCAUAGAGAAGGAUUCAAAUCGCAAAUCAUCCGGUUUUUGCGACUGCUUUCCCAUGUAUCAACGGCAAUUUAACCAACCUAAAACUGAAAUUGUGACGAGCAGGAGGUCCGGGGAAUCUGGCUAUAUGAGCGAAGGGAGGGCAUCGGGAUCAGAAAUAUCUGUUCAACUUGAUAUCGAAGAACAUUAAAAAUGUAGUACAAUAAUAAUCUUAAAUCGCUGAUUGCUAAUAUUAUUGCUCAUCCCGAUUUUUAUGGUGAUGUUUUUAAGAAAAUUCGUAAAAUUAAAAUGUUUUCAGCAGGUAGUUAGGCAGAUAGACUCAAUGAAUCGCUUGGAUUUUAUUUAAACCGUGGAUAUAACUGCAAAACUUUGAAGAGUACAGGGUACUUGACUUCUGUAUUUUAAAGAUGAAUUUUUCAAACAAAAUAUAAAGCGUCCUUACAUAACUUAACUUACAGUCCUUUGAUUUUAUGAACAUUUUGCAGAGUUAUAUUUAAAACCGUCUUUGGCUGGCUAGAAAUGUUCCGGGUUGACAUCUUUUUCUUAAAUAUUUUACAUAGGUAAUCAUAUGGAAGAAAAGUUUAGCUAACGCAUGUCGUUUUUAUUUUUAAUAAUGUUUUCUUUAUUUGUUCCCAGUAUUAUUACAAUGAUGUAUUUUAUUAUGAAACUCUAUUAUCACACAGUCUUAAACUCUAUUUUUCGAAGUGUGUGAUGCUAAUAGUUUCAAACAAUAACUGCAUCGUAUCUUUGAAAAGUUUUUUUGAAUUGUAUUCCUUCGUCUGCAGAUAGAUUUGGGAUCCCUUAUCUUUGAAGUACUUGGGGUGUACUUUUAAGUUUUUUUUUAUUAUUUGUUUUAUUAUUUAGUUCCCUCAAGUUAAUGCAUACUUAUUUUGAUAAGAUUUACCUUCUACGUUUUUAUUUAUUCAGGAUUGUUGGAAUUUGAGUGAGGUUUUUGUACGUAAACUGGUUUAAACCCCCAGUAAAUUUACAUUUUACAGACCGUUCCAAGGCGGUACCUAACAAUACUUGAUAAACAUACCUUUAUAUAUAGUAUAUAUGCACCGUGUUGUUUGUGGAGUUUUGUGCUAUUAUUCCAUGUUUCUUGUUUGUGAUUUUUUGUUUUUGUGUUCUAUGUUUUUGUCGUUUACCCUGUCCCUUCCAACGGGGUUUAUACUUAAACUUUUGGCUACUGA